AUGGAUCAAGGGGCUACUAAUAAUCAAGUGAGUGAUAUCAAGGGCAUGACAGAAAAACUUUUCCCACUCGCAAAGUGUGCUCGCAAAGUGGGCAGGGCUGAGUUGUUGAGCCAGAAUCUGUCUUUGAUGCGAAAGAAAACGCUCAAACAUCUACUUACCCGGACUAACAUUAGAAACAGGUACGGAUACAUUAAUGGCAGCCAGUUGCGGAUACAGAGCGGGAAGCAGGCAGGCGACAGAUGCAGUAACAAUAACGUAGCUGCAUCGGACGGGGUCUCUGGUGAACCUUUGUCUACCUACAAGGUUCAACGAGACUUCGGAAUCCUUGACGUGGCUUCCGAUGAGGAUCCCUCAGGAACGGCGCUUCCGUACAUGACCGAUGGAAAUGGCGGGAUCAGUCGAGCUCCGUCCACAGUGUCUCGUCUUUGGUGCUGCAAAUCGACUAUCCGCCGACUGGACCAUUCGGCUGCCGGAAAGCCUAUGAAUGGAGAACCAGAGUAUGCAUUUUUGGUCUGGGGCAAGGUGCAGACCAGGGACGCGCCGGUCAAGGGUCUUGUGUAUUGGUAUCCGCCUUGUGGUCAAGACGUUGCUUGGCUGGCUCCGGUACGGAAUACCAAAGACCCGCGGCCUGCGGUGGUGACCGUCUUCGAUAAUCCGCAGCUUGCGAGAGAAGAGCCUGACAUAAGCAACAGUGAGCUUGCUGCAGCGGAUGGAGUCGGCUUCAGGCCCUUCGCCUGGCUCGAGGGCGGCAUUGCCAGCGAGGCAGCUUAUCAAUUUCCGAUUGAAGAGAAGGCAAGCGCGAAGAUGCCGUGCCAGUUGGCAUAA